AUGUUACUGGGAGAAAUUAUUUUAGUAAUACUAAUACAACAUCUUGUCAUCGGGUAUGUAGAGUUAUUGGCGCGUCACUGGGAUGUCAAAACAACCCAGGGAAUCGUGCGAGGGUAUUACAAAUCAAACCCACCGCAUUUCGCAUUCCUUGGAGUGCCUUACGCCCGCCCGCCCACUGGCUACGACAGAUUUAAGGCACCUAAGCCUCCAGUACAAUGGGAUGGUAUAUUUGAAGCUAUAUACAGAUUAAAAUGCCCACAAGAUAAUGAAAAUGGAAGUGAAGACUGUUUAGUAUUAAAUUUUUUUAUACCAGACAAUCUAACUAAUAUGCCAGUAUUAGUACAUUUUCACGAUGGAUUCUUUCAAAGUGGCUGGGGCUAUCAUCAUCCACCACCAUAUUUUAUUAAACAAGGGAUUAUUGUUGUGACAGUUAAUUACCGAAUAGGUGCUCCAGGUUUUCUCUGUCUACAAUCACCAGAAAUUCCUGGAAAUGCAGGUUUAAAGGACCAAGUAGCCGCACUAUACUGGAUACACAGAAAUAUAAUUAAAUUUAAUGGAAAUCCUCAAUACAUCACUGUUUACGGAACUGGGAGUGGCUCAGUCUCUAUUGAGAUUCUUUUACUUUCUGGGAUAGCUGAUGGUUUAUUCCAGAAAGCUAUUUUAGAAUCAGGGUCAGUUUUAUCACCUUCCUCUAUAACAUAUAGUCCUGUAGAAAUUGCAAUGAAUGCAGCAAUAGAACUGGGUUAUCAGGGAGAUAAAAACACCAAAAGCAUGGAAACAUUUUUUCAAGCCAUAUCUGUAAUGAAUUUUCUUAACAUAACCUCAAUAUUUGUGCCCUGUAUUGAGAAAAUUACAUUAUAUUCUCUUUUUAAUGAUGAUCCUAUGGACUUAAUAAAAUUUAAAAAAUCAGUACAAAUACCAAUGUUAAUUGUUUAUAGUGACCCAAAAGAAAUAGAUUUGAUUGAUAACAACAAAAUAUUUCAAACCAUACCAGAAAAUUUUGGACACCUGUUACCAAAUAAUUUAGCUAUAGAUACAUCUGUACAAGAAAAAGUUGCGAAACUGACAAAAGGUUUUUAUUUUGGUAACAUUCUCACAGAGGAAGAUAUAACUCAAUGCUAUAGAGAUUAUGUAAAUGACAUUUUUAUGGAAUACCCUGUUGUGAAGUCAAGUGCAUUUUAUGCAUACAAUAACAGCAAUCCAGUGUUUUUGAUGAAAUUCUCACAAAGAGAAAACGAGCAUGCUUUUAAAGGCAAUUAUGGAAAAGUUUUAAAAUUAGUUUUUUCAGACAAAGUUGACAAUUCACAUGAUAUUGGAGAUAUUUUAAAGAAUAUGUGGAGUAAUUUUAUUAAAUUAGGUGAUCCUACACCAAUAACCACAUCUCUUAUACCAGAUGUGUGGAUGCCGGUUGAGCCAAAUAUUAUAAUUGAUGAAAAAGUCAAAUACCAUAAAAUAAACUACUAUGAAUGUGGUGAAAAGAAUAAAAAUAAAGAAAUAACAACACAACAGUUCACCUUUUGGGAACACAUUUAUAUGAAAUUCUAUAAAAAUCAUAAAUAUUUUAAAUAG